AUGGCCGGAGUCAGGAAGGGAGGCUACACUACUUACCGACCCUUAAGUUGGUUCAAACUAUCUUCAAGUCCAAGUACACAGAGGAGUGAAGCGACGUGCCCGAGGUCACACAGCGGACAAGUGGCAGAGCCGGAGCCAGCCUACAGUCGCGCCUGCCGCCGAUUUCGUCCCGCCUCGCUUUGGCCAUCAGCGCGUCUGUUGCGGGCCUCCGGGCCUCAGCAGGUGUUUAUAGCAAAAGUAUUGAAGAGACUCUUCCCUCCUGAUGUCGGUUCCUCUUCUAUAAAUGUCCCCAGUGACCCGCCACAGACCUCAGUGGAAAAUCCUACCUCGAAAUCAAAGCAAGAACCAGAGAAACCUCCACCUUCAACGGAGGGUGAUGGAGAGAUCCCGCCUUGUCGCCGGUUCUACACAGCCAGCCCGCCUCCUGAGGGAUAUGUCGCCGAUCCCCUGGAAUGUGCCAAUUUCGAGAAAUCGGAAAACUCUGGCAGCAGUGAAGAUCCAGAGGAAGACGAUCCCAGCGGGCAACCAAAGAGAAGGCGAACUCGGAAGAAGAAACCCAGGAGUAGAGUGCUAAAUCCCUCCGUGGCAGGUGGAGAGCAAACAGAAUUUGAGAAGCAUGGAAAUCUCACACGAGAUAAAUCACAGUCUCAGCACACAGAUGGCCCCAGAAUAAGCAGAAAUAAAAAACGGAAAUUGAAAAAGAAACGGCAAAAAGAAAGGAAGAGAGCAGCUGGCUUACUAACAAAAGCCACGGGCGUGGAUUUUAUGUAUCAGCCUGAGGAGCGUGGCAGUGAAGAAGAUUUUGAAGACACUGAUGAAAUGGCAGAUGGCAUCCUAGACUUCUUGCAGGCAACACAAGAAAUUUAUUUCUCUGAUCGUAAAUCUGCCUGUGCAGAUUGGUCCGUAUGUUCAGAAACUCUUCAGAAGGUUUUAAAACGGCUCGAAUCUCACUGUAUGCCUUCCCCCGAUGUGACGCUUCUGCAUCAGAUGAAAUCUCUGGUACUCCUGCGCGAUACCGAAAGACUGACCAGCGCCCUGGACCAAUUCCAAGAACAUUGCCUGAUGCCGCCACAUGAAUCCAAGGUAAUCUCAACCCUCUUUCAUUACUGGAUGACUGAGAUCCUUCCUGUAAAAAACAGAAACUAAAGUUCAUGAUUCCGUCUAGGAAGAGUUCAGUUUUAAUGUGAAUAUUGUUACCUUUGUCUUACGUUGCUGACAUAUGUUUCUCUUUAAUGUAACUCAUUUAGUAAAUUAAAUUGUUUUCAGAGUCAUGCCAGUUGAGUGCACUUGUAAUAUUGUUUAACUGUCUGUGUUUUUUCUAAGGAAAAAUGAGUUCUGAUUCCAACAUGGUAUUUAUAAUUCAGUUUUCAAAUUCUGUAUUCAGAAUGUAUUUUUCUAAC